AUGAACAGGACCCUGCUAGAGAGAGUCAGGUGCUUGUUAUCACACUCGAAGCUACCACAAUAUUUCUGGGGGGAGAAACUGCUUGCAGCAGUUUAUGUGUGGAACAGGUCACCUAGUGUGCCGCUGAAGUAUGACGCCCCAGAGAAGGUGUGGACAAGAAAUGAAGUUUCCUACAAACUUUUGCGGGUGUUUGGUUGCAAGGCCUUUGUCCAUAUUCCAAAGGAUGAAAGGUCAAAGUUGGAUUCCAAGACGAGACCGUGCGUAUUCAUUGGAUAUAGUCAAGAUGAGUUUGGCUAUAGAUUCUAUGAUCCAAUCCAGAAGAAGCUUAUCGGAAGUUGUGAUGCUGUGUUCAUCGAAAAUGAGACAAUCGAAGAUGUUGUUGCUAGGAAAGAAGUUCCUAGUACUGAUGCUAGUCAACCAAGACUUGGGCUAGUACUUACAACGCUGGCGCCUAUAGAAGUUGGAGAAGAAGCACAACAUGAUCAACCUGAAAUAGUUGAACAAGAUGCUCCUAUAGAGGUUCAACUAGAAGAUGCUGAUGACGAUGGUCAACCACCAGCCAUUGAGGGUUCUUCGGUUCGGACGACGAGAUUUGGUAGGGUCGCACGACGCUCUACCAGAUAUCCUGAGACUGAAUACGUGUCACUUACUGACGGGGGAGAACCAGAAAGCUUCACGGAAGCUAUGAAUGAUGAACACAAGCAAAGGUGGAUAGAAGCCAUGCAAGACGAGAUGGAUUCCUUGUAUGAGAAUAAGACAUUUGAGCUGGUGAAAUUGCCCAAAGUCAAGAGAGCUUUGAAGAACAAGUGGGUGUUCAAGAUCAAGCAUGAUGAACACAACUGUCAACCACGCUUCAAAGCCAGACUAGUCGUGAAAGGCUUCAGCCAAAGGAAAGGCAUUGACUUUGACGAGAUAUUUUCACCUGUGGUAAAAAUGACAUCCAUUCGUAUUGUGCUGGGACUAGCAGAAAGUCUUAACCUGGAGGUUGAGCAAAUGGAUGUGAAGACUGCCUUCCUUCAUGGUGAUUUAGAGGAAGAGAUUUACAUGGAGCAAUUAGAAGGAUUCAAGAAGAAGAACAAGGAGGGCUAUGUGUGCAGGCUCAGAAAGAGCUUGUAUGGCUUAAAGCAGGCACCAAGGCAGUGGUACAAGAAGUUUGAGUCUGUUAUGGGGGAGCAAGGAUACAAGAAGACUACUUCAGACCACUGCGUGUUUGUGAAGAAAUUUCCUGAUGGAGAUUUCAUCAUACUUUUGCUCUAUGUGGAUGAUAUGCUAAUUGCUGGGCAGAACGUCUCAAAGAUCAAUAAUUUGAAGAAGGAGUUGAGCAAGUCUUUUGCCAUGAAAGACUUGGACCAGAAAAGCAUAUUCUUGGCGUGA